AAGAUUUAAGGUUUUGGGUGCAGCAAUAAUGAGUUUUGUGUAUUGUGUUGUUGGGUGAAUUUUCAUUUUAAAUUUAUAAUACAUGAUGUGUAUCAGAUUUUGACUUUAAGGGAUUUAAGUAUUUCGUUGUAUUUAUGUGAUAUUAAUAUUUUGAGCAUAGAAAUAUCGUGAGUACAUUGAUUAAUUUUACUUCUUGCCAUAAUCAUUUGGAGAAGAGAACUUUAUUAGUAUGAUGUAUAGCAUCAAAACAAAAGCAACGCAGAUUUUGUGCCCUUCAGGCUUUCGGAUUUUUACAAGAUUCUUAAAUUUUCAGUCUCGAAAUCCACGUGAUCCACAUUUUGAAAAGAAAAAAUUACUUGAAGUUUGCAAACCAGUGUAUGUUGAACCACAGGGUGUUCCAUGGGAAACCUGUCCUCACAGCUUCCCUGAGUCCGAAGCUGAUGCUCAUCCUUAUGAGAAAAUACUUUCCGAAGAGUUGAAGAAGAACUGGAAGGCAUCUAAGAUGGUUCUUUUUUAUCAUAUGAAUCCUUUAACUGUGGCGGAAGAAAAGGAAAUAAGAAAAUUAUUUUUUAAAAAGGAUCUUUUUUUUCAUGUAUAUAAUUCAACUGUUGUAAAGCUAGCUUUGGAUGGUACAGAAUUUUAUAGAUCAAUAUCACACCUCUUUGAAUCAAGCUCAGCAUUCAUAUUUAGUGGUGAAAACUUAAUUUCUGAUGCUUUGAAGCUUAAUAGGAAAGCUACACAGAUAGUUUUAUUAGCUGGUGUUAUCGACAAUAUGCUUUACAGUAGAAAUCAGUUGACGGAAAUAAGUAACCUACCUAAAAAGCCUGUUCGUGAAGAGCUUGUAGGUCUACUUGACUGUUUAACAUCAAAAAUAAGUCAAAAUAUCUGUCAUCAUUCCCAAUUACUGUGCCAUUAUUUGAACAAUGUAUCAAAGGAAAAACUGUAGAUUUUUAUUGUCAUAAUAAAAAGUUUGUGUAAUUUU